AUGGCAUUAGUUUUGCAACCGCGAGUAUACUCAUCUCAAACUAUUGGCUAUCGCAGUACCACUACACGUGUCGUGGAAUUCUCCCAGUCUCAGCCAAAGCAAAUCAGCAAUAAAAACCACACGUAAGUGCACAGCCGGAUAACCAAGUUAGCGUUAACUCUACCACACGACAUAGGAAAGUGAACACUGAGUACAAUCGAUGUCUCCUCAGAUCUCAUUAAUAAACGCAUAAGUCGUUUGAAACACCCACUCUGCUCAGGAACAGACGGGAUUCUAAAUUCGAUUAUUAAACAAGUAUCCGACCUGAUAAUAUUGCUUAGUCUUUUGUUCUCGGUCUAUAUUUCAAAAGGAAUCUUUCCUGCUACAUGGAAAACGUCAAUUAUCAUUACCGUCUUUAAGUCAGGAUCUCGGUCCGAUGUUAAUAACUAUCGGGACGUGCACAAAACACCGUCUCUAGCAAAGCUUCUUAAAGGAUAAUUUUCAAUUUAAUUCUUGACUUCUGUCUAGCUAGUCGGCUCCUGAGCUCUAGUCAGCAUGGGUGUUUACCUGAACGGUCCUGCGAAACUUGCCACUUGGCAUUUAAUAAUCUAAUUACUUCUCUUCGUAAUGAGCAGCAAUCAGUGGUAGUUAUCUACUGUGAACUUCUGGGACCAGUUCGGGCAUUUCGGACUCAGAUAGAUGGUCUACUACCGACGAGGCAGAGGAAGCGGAGGCAUCUCUCAUCCGAGCAUAAGCUGCCUUCUUGUCACGCGCAUCCGCUUGUUACUUGUGCUUCGGUGAAAGCUGUACUAUUUGUGCUUCCUGACGGCUUUCAUCGAUGGUUAAAAAACAGCAUGCAAAACGUUUAACUGCAUUUUUAACAUUCACUGUGAGAUUAGGAUGCCGUUAGAUUGCAUAACAUAAAAUACAUGGUUAAUGGCGUAAGUAAGAGAAUAAAGGUGCGACAGACGUGGAACGACGUACCGUUUUGUCACGGGCAGGCAAACGAUAAUGCGACUACAGCAAUCACGUCCUGCAGGGCAGCAGAUAAAGUGGCUUACUUAAACAAAAACGUCCUAAUCAAUUCGUCCAGGCACAUCGCCAUCACCAAAGAAGUGAGGCCUCUGGGCACUUUCUAGGAGAAUUAACGUAUGCUUAGGUAAAUUCAGAAUAUGUAAACACAAAAGAUUUCAUCUAAGCGGCUGAAAUGCACCUUGAAAUUUCCCAAAAUAUGGCUUGGCCAUGGCCACAUCCACCCACGCUUGGCCACACCCACAAGACGGGACCAUGUGUUGGUAGGGUCAUCUGUCUCCGGUCAUCGUUUAUUCCGAUCUUAAUAAAACCUUCGAUAAAUUUAACAAAAACCUCUCUCGGCAAUACUAGAGGAUUUCGGAAUUGACGUCUUCUUGAUUGACUUCAAUAAGUUAUAACUAACAAAUUGAAAACAGCAUGUAUUAGUCGGAGUUUCAUUUACCAACGAGAGCCCUAUUAUAAAGCAGUGUCCGCCAUGCUAGCAUCCUAUGUUUUUUUCCUAUAUUAAUGAUAUUUCAUCGGCAGUUAUACGUGCUCAGUCUCUUAUAAAUGCUGGCGAUCUUAAAUUCGUAUAUUCUUUCUCUAAAUUUAAUGCCUAACGCUGUUUGGAAAGGAGACAUUAUCAUUUGGUAGCUCAUUCUGCGCAAAAGUCAAUAUGGCAUAUUAACUUCUUUUCUUCAAAAUGCUGCCACGUUGAUUUUAGACCAGAAAGCUCCCCCAACAAGUUAUCUUUCUAGACACACCCAGGACUGAAUGUUCUGCCAUCAAACACCCCGACUUAGUCUUCACGAAUAAUAUAAAUCACCCGCAUCCUGACGACUGAAUGACGACCAGAUCUGCUCAGAUUCAUGGCUUUAUUUCCGGCAAUUCUUGCUUUUUUGAGAUUAAAUUAUCAAUAUUCCGCGUGUUCGUGUCCAUUCUUUGGUUUACUGAAGUAGUUAAGCCGUUGUAAACCUGAACAUGCCCAAAGGCAUUUUACUAGAGGAGUUUUAUACCAGACACCCCAAUACUUCCCAUUCGAACAAACGUCAGCCAACUAACCUGGUAUCUCUGAAGGUACGGAGACCGGAAGCUGACUUCUACCUCCUUUAUUGAAUUAACAAGCUUAAAUCUCCCUCGGAUUUCAGCCCCUACCCCCGUUAAUCAUCCUAACAACACUCAUAAUUCUUCUCUGCUUAUUGCCCCACCUACCUCCCUCAUCUAUGAACGCUCUCUCUUCUUUGCUCCCAGAAAUACUUUCCUUUGGAAUAACCUACCAAUCCAUGUUAAACCUUUAAAUAUUUAAUCUGAUUUUAAUGGAAGACUACGUCUUUUUCUGAGCAUUGAAUACGUUUGCAUUCCUGCUACCUCAUACUUCCAGAGAAAGGACCAUCGGGAAUUUAAAAGUCCGUCUCCAAAUUGCAUUGUCCGCUCGCAUUUUCCAUUCUACAUGUGUCCUCCCCAUCCACGAAUACCAUCAGACAUCUCGAUUUUCUCUAUUUGUGCAUCCCGGUCGUUACGAAAAACAAUGUCUUCCCUAUCUCCGCUAUCGGGCAAAUAUUCGGGACCAUCCUAACGCAGAUAUCCUAAUUUGCCCACCCUCAUCAGGAUUCCGUCCUGGCCAAUGGGAUGUCGCCACCCCAUCCCAUUGUCGGUCUCACUCUAGGCCUACCGCGACCUAGUAUUCCUAUGCGCACUUUAAGAACCCUCCAUACUCGCUUGCUGAUCUGCAUUUAUGGUCACAGCACACACUAAGGAUGAUCCUCUGAUUUCCCUCUAUACCCCUCUGCAAAAUAAAUUUUCCUCUUAAAUGUUUUUUGAUAUCACACCUCCCCGUGCUGUCUUCGCCCAAAAGCCAUUCUUUUGUUUGAAAUCUUCCAAUUUGGAAUUCGUGGACAUUAUUAUCGCAAGUAUUGUAAGUAAAAAAGCAGGUAGACGGAGGACGCGAAGAAAUUUUCCCACGUUUAAAGCACAAUUUCUAGAUUCAGUUGCACGCGGGCUGACACCGGCGUUUUGCUGACUAUGAAGGACUGCGUUUGAACGCCCUACCAUCUGGCAUCCUCGCAAACUGUUCCCAAAACCUUCAAUUCGUAUGUUAUCAAGCUGUCCAAAGCACUGGUCUAAACUGAGAUGGACGGCACAAUGGCCCAAUAUCAGAGACACUCGCCUUUAGCAAAACUGAUCAACAAUUCUGGAAGUUUUUUUGCGAUACGGAAAACGCGGGUACACACCUUGCGUGAAUCACCCUCUAGAAACAACCGUAUGCAGAAACAAGCUACUCUGCGUCAGUUGUAUUAGGGACACUGGGAUGGACUGGGGUACUCGUUGAAAUCCCAAACGUUGGCCUUGUCCACUCCAGUCCAUACAGCGGGACCAGCGGCCAGAAUCUCAACAGGACACCCAGUCCAUCACAGUCUUCGAAAAACUCAAUAAACACGCCUUCCGCCGCCUGCAUUCGCUGAAAGCUGCUAUCCUCAGGACGGGCAGAACCUCUGCCCACAUGGGCGCUUGGGCAUGCGCUGUCUUCUAGAAUCCACCAAAAACACUUAAUAGAGAGAGAGUGUGUGUCUGUGUGGCAGAGAGGGGGGGGGUGCUGACGGGUGGACCGACCAUCGCCUCGUCAUCGCGAAGAUACGUAUUCGCCUACAGCCUCGCAGGAGACCACAAGGAAAGCGACCCCCAGGUAAACUGAAUGUUGCCUUGUUGUCUUUGUCCGCUCACCAUCUUCAUUUCAGCAAUGAGCUCGCUCAACGGCUAGCCAACCUUCCAAUCGCUGCCGCCGACGUCGCCGCCGCUGCCGAGAACGCCUCCGUGGAGAACCGCUGGUGUCAACUGCGAGACACGGUCCAGUCGUCGGCGCUCGCCGUCCUCGGUCGCGCUCUCCGCCAACACCAGGACUGGUUCGACGACGACGCCGCCAUCAGAAAUCUGCUUGCUGAGAAGAACCGCCUGCAAAUAGCCUAUGUAGAUCACCCCACUGAGGACAACAAAGCUGCUAUCUACCGCAGUCGCCACCAUCUUCAGCAACGACUGCGCGAAAUGCAGGACGCCUGGACUGCUCGCAAAGUUGAGGAGAUCCAAGGGUACGCGGACUGCAACGAAUGGAAGAACUCCUUCUCCGCAAUCAAAGCUGUCUACGGUCCGCCGAUGAAGGGCACUGCUCCUCUCCCCAGCGCCGACGGUGGUACUCUUCUGACUGAGAAGACACAAAUCCUGCAGCGAUGGGCCGAGUAUUUCCGAGGCGUCCUCAAUCGCCCCUCCGCCAUCUCCGACGCCGCCAUCGACCGUCUGCCACAAGUGGAGACCAACGUGGACCUCGACCUUCCGCCAUCUCUCCAGGAGACCAUCAGGGCCGUGCAGCAGCUCUCCAGCGGAAAAGCACCCGGAUCGGACGCAAUCCCUGUUGAGGUCUACAAGCAUGGAGGUCACCAAAUGAUGGAUCACCUGACUGCGCUCUUCCAGGAGAUGUGA